AUGAAGCAGAUCUACUCCUUCUUGAUCACCAUCACAACAGCACUUCUUAUUGCAUACUACUCCAGCACUCUGGCCUCCUCGAAGACUCUUCUUCAACAAGCCAGACCAGUUUUCAGCGGCAUCCUACAUCGUAUAAAACCAACAACCGCACAAUCUCCAACAGCGACACCUUUUCUGGGACUACCUCUCAUUCCCUCUCGUCUAGCUUCGACCUCGGCAGCGAACAUGACGACUCCACGACAGAUCAAAUUUUCUUUCCUCGCCCGUGAACAAUCAGAAGGCGCAGGUGCUGUAGUACGGCGCUCGGUUGGCACACCAAAACUGCGACAUUUCACACCUUUCCUCAUGCUCGACCACUUCAGGAUAUCUCCCGGUGCAGGUUUCCCUGACCACCCUCAUCGAGGACAAGAGACGAUCACCUACCUCCUAAAAGGCGGCGUCAACCACGAAGACUUCGCCGGUAAUGCAGGGAAAAUCGGGCCUGGUGAUCUACAAUUCAUGACUGCUGGCCGAGGAAUCGUGCACGCUGAGAUGCCCGUGCAAACAGAAGAUCUCAGCGUGGGCAUGCAACUCUGGGUCGACUUGCCAGAGCACCUCAAAUCCUGCGAACCGCGAUACCGCGAUCUGCGUGCCGACGAGAUCCCCAUUGCAAAGACCGAGGACGGCAAAGUCGAGGUGAAGGUCAUUUCGGGGAAAAGCCAAGGCGUCGAGUCUCUGAAGGAUCUGGCCUAUACACCGGUGUGGCUUCUUGACAUUACAAUUCAACCCGGUGGAAAGAUUACACAGGAACUCCCGCAGGGAUGGAACGCGUUCGCCUACACGCUAGAAGGCGCGGUGACAUUCUCCAACGGCUCGGACGCACACAAAGCGGAAACGGUUACUCCCUACCAUAACGUCGUUUUCGAGCAGGCCGGCGACGUGGUGACCGCCUCCGUGGUAGAAGGCGCACAGGAAGCUGCGCGAUUCAUCCUCGUCGCGGGCCAGCCGCUGGAUCAGAACAUUGUCCAGUACGGCCCGUUUGUGACCACCUCCAAAGAAGCCAUCUAUCAAGCCAUGAUGGAUUUCCAGACCGCAUCCAACGGCUUUGAGAGGGCGGCAAACUGGGAGAGUGAAAUUGGAAAGACAAUGGGCCGAGUCAGAUAA